AAUAUCCUUAACUUACUCCUAUCAUUCCUAAAAGCACUCAAAGGUUAAACUUUGGAUUGUUGAAGAGAUUUAAGGCAAAUCAACUCGAGUAUUUCCGUCGCAACGAUGACGUCAUCUGGAUUCCGGCCCCUUGACGACAAGUCUCUCGUGGAGUACAUAAAGGCCACGCCUGCUCUCUCCUCCAAGCUUGCAAACCAGCUCCAUGGAUUGCAGAUCAAAGAAGUGGGCGACGGCAAUCUCAACUUCGUCUACGUCGUUAUCUCUUCCGCCGGCUCCUUCGUCAUCAAACAGGCGUUGCCGUACAUACGUAGUAUAGGGGAAUCGUGGCCGAUGACGAAGGACCGGGCGUAUUUUGAAGCGACGGCUUUGAGGGAGCAGCGUCGCUGGUGCUCCGAUCAUGUGCCGGAGGUUUAUCAUUUUGAUAGGGAAAUGGCCGUAAUCGGUAUGAGGUACUUGGAGCCUCCGCAUAUAAUUCUUAGAAAGGGCCUGAUUGCUGGAAUUGAGUACCCGUUGCUUGCUGAACACAUGUCGGAGUUCAUGGCGAGGACUCUUUUCUUCACAUCUCUUCUGUACCAUGACACAACAGAGCACAAACGUGCAGUUGCUGAAUUUUGUGGAAAUGUGGAGUUAUGUCGGCACACUGGGCAAGUCGUUUUCUCUGAUCCAUACAAAGUAUCUCAGUAUAAUUGGUGGACUUCCCCUUAUCUUGACCGUGAUGCCGAGGCAGUUCGAGAGGAUAACAUUUUGAAGCUUGAAGUUGCUGAGUUGAAAUCUAUGUUCGGUGAGAGAUCGCAAGCCCUAGUACAUGGAGAUCUUCAUACUGGUUCAGUUAUGGUUACCCCUGAUUCGACUCAAGUUAUAGAUCCAGAAUUUGGCUUUUAUGGACCGAUGGGGUUUGAUAUAGGCGCUUUUUUAGGAAACUUGAUUUUGGCAUACUUUGCACAAGAUGGGCAUGCUGAUCAAGUGAAUGAUAGAAAAACAUAUAAAAAAUGGAUUUUGAAGACAAUAGAACAGACUUGGAAUCUUUUCCACAAAAAAUUUACUGCAUUGUGGAAUGAACACAAGAAUGGCUCUGGUGAGGCGUAUCUUCCAGAAAUUUAUAAUAACCCUGAACUUCAGCUUCUUACACAAAAGAAAUACUUGCAAGAUUUGUUGCAUGACACCCUCGGAUUUGGUGCUGCCAAAAUGAUAAGGAGAAUUGUUGGUGUAGCACACAUUGAGGAUUUUGAAUCAAUUGUUGAUGCUAGCAAGCGAGCUAACUGUGAGAGACAGGCACUUGUAUUUGCAAAGAUGCUUUUGAAGGAAAGGAGAAAAUUUCAGGCUAUCACUGAAGUUGUUUCAGCCAUUCAGCAAGAACAAUCAUGAGAAAAGUAUUAGGAUGUAUCUCCAUUCAACUGCUGUAUGGUGAGAUGAAAUGAGGAAGAAUUUGACAAUAUGGGGGAAUGGGAGUGAGUUUGUGGUUGUGUCUGGGGUUUGGUUUGGGUUGGUUGUUUUCGGGGCAUCGUUUGGUUUAGUUGGGUAGUGGUUGUUUGUCACUUGUUAGGCGAGGAGAAGGGGAGGAGGUGUGGUGGUGGUGGUGGUGUUGCUGUUUGGUUCAGGUUUGUUUUGUGUAAUGUGUUUCAGUAUGUUUUGAUUAGUUUAGAGCUCCAUCCCUGUGACAAUCUUGUAAAUGAAUCAGAGAAAAGGAGAUGCACGGAAGGAUUUCAUUUUUUAUAUUGAAAUUUGCUAGUCUAUUCAAAUACUGAUUCAGAAAAA